AUGCACGCAAGUAAAAGAAAGCAAGGACCCGAUAGAUUGUGGACGAGAAAGACGCCGAGCGCCCUGCAGGUGUGGCCUUCCAAGACCUUUUUUUGCUGCUGGGGCCGAUGCGUGACGGCCUACCCCAGUGGCCCGACAUUUUGUGCGUGGACCUUCAUCUUGGUUCCCUGCGGGUUUUAUUGUAUGUUCAUAGAGCGCCUUUGGAAUGAGUGGUAUCCAUUGGUGCCCGUGGCUGCAUGCUGUAUCUUCCUCCUGACCACCAUGCUGCUUUGUUUGACAUGCUGCUCGGAUCCUGGUGCCAUUCCACGGAGAAAGGUCAUCAUUUCUGCUGGGUUGGCAGAGGAGCUUUCAGAGCUUCUAGGCUAUUCUGUCCUUGGUCGUGGUGAGCCCACCGGGCAGGCCGAAGUGGACGGAACAGCCAUGGUGCCAGACGAACUCAGAAAGAGGGGCUUCAAAUGGUGCCGGACAUGCCAGAUAGUCAGACCCCCAAGGUGCUCACAUUGUCCCGAUUGCGACCAAUGUGUAUUGCGCUACGAUCACCACUGCCCCUUUGUGAACAACUGCAUUGGUCAGAGGAACUACCAUUUCUUUGUUGGCUUUGUCACCUCCGUGGUUUGCUUGGCGCUGGCUGUCCUGCCCGGUCUGCUUUGGUGUAUUUUGACACCAAGCACCACAACGGAGGAUGCAAGCCCCAUGAACGACGCACUGAAGGUCGUGAUCAUCGUCGUGGCCAGCUUGGCUGGCAUUGUGCUGAUCGCCUUGUUGGUGUUCCUUGGAUAUCACGCGUUCCUGAUCGCCUCUGGAAUGACAACGAAGGAGCACCUGGGCAAAUCGCGAGCACAGAUUGCCGAGGAGCCGACGCUCUUCGCAGCCCGUGGCCCGCGUCUCUACGACCCAAGACAGUUCAUCCUGGUGUGA